UUCAGUCUUGCCAACCGCGAUGGAAGAGAAACUCAACUCAAAACAUUCGUCUCAUGACAUGCUGGUGAUCUUGAUAACCCUGAUAACAGCAACUUCAAAUUCCCCAGCUUGUCAGAAAGAAGCCUCAAGCCGUUUUAGUAGCGAACCCCGAGGCUGUGAAUGUAGGCUCUGAGGCAGUAUCAGUGUGGGACUCAGGCUAAUCCGCGACUCAAAAUGGUAAAGUUGAUGAGUCCUUCCUUUGGCUCUAGCCUUUUCUCGUCUCCCUUUCAACUGUUCUUGCUCUUACUCCACUCUCCCCGUACUGCUGGGGGUUUGCCUGCUCGAUGGAGGCUGUGGGCUGAGAGCAGAAACUCGCAAGAACACGUCCCCGCCAUUAUCGGAUUAUCACAACCCACCCUGUGGGGGCGCCCCCCUUCAGCUAUUUGGGCAAUACACAGCUUCUUUAGAGCCUCUCCACCACCUCCUGGCGCCCAGAUUCGGUCGCUCCGUUUUCAUGAGGCUGUCACCGGCGUCGCUGUCGAAGGCUUCCGAUGCUCCCCGCCCUCAAAAGACGCAUCAAGCGUGACUUGAUCUUGCCUGCUCUUCUUCCUAGGCCUAAAGGUUCCGCUUGAGAAGAGUUUGCAGCCGAUUGACUUUGCUAGCCCUCCGCGCGAUGCUUCGCCGCAGCGGCAUGACCCUUGUGGGGCGUUGCGGGUCGAGAAUCGGAAGCGCCAUGGCUCGGACCGCCGAGGGGGGGUAGAUAAGGGGUGGAAUCGUGAGGUAGCGCUCCCUUGAAACGGGUCCUGAUGCAUUUCGCUUUAAUAUAAUGACGCUCGUCGGCGUGGACGAAGCCUUAGAAUCCUG